UGAAGUACGUGUUGUAUCACGGGAAUGUUAGAAACAAGAUGGCGCAUGUAAACUACCCCUAAUUCGAAAGACAUGCAAGCUGGACUGUUUUGAUCGUCAUCAAAUGAUGAUUGGAAUUAAAGGGUCCAAGCACUGAAGCAGGGCAGUGCUGUCUCAUUGAUGGGAAACAACAAGAAGAAAGCCAACAACAGAAAUUCAGUGAGAGAAAAGCACUGCCCAGCAGUCAUCUGUUAUUUACAAUGGCACAAAUUAAAACUUAUGCACGGCUGAAACCUUCCAAAAAAGCUUACCCUGGCUAUGAAAUUGGCAAAAAUGUGCUGACAGUACAUAUCCCAGAUAAUAAAGAUUUUCUUCUCCAAGGACCCCAGCAGCCCAUUCGCAGCAACCUUAGCUAUGACAUAGUCUUUACCGAUAUCUUCAGGCCUGAAGUCACACAAGAGGCAGUCUUUGAUGGUGUUGCCAAAGAUAUUAUUCAAAAUUUUUUAAAUGGCUAUAAUGGAACAAUUUUCGCUUACGGUCAAACUGGAACGGGCAAAACUUAUACUGUAGAGGGUAACUCCUCUCGGUACAACACCAGAGGCCUAGCUACACGAGCCUUGAGCAUGAUAUAUCAACAACUAGAAAAUCGAACAGAUGAACAUAUAUCAGUGUAUUUAUCCUAUCUAGAAAUAUACCAAGAAGUUGCCUAUGACUUGCUAAAUCCAGCAGCAAGAUCAUCUUUACCUGUAGCACCAUUUGCCAAGGUUACAGUGGUUGAAGGGCCCAGAGGCUCAUGUAUUUUGAGAGGUCUCUCUCUGCAUCUUGCCGCCAAUGAGGAAAUCGCACAAAUGCUCUUAUUGCAAGGACAAGCCAAUCGUAAAGUGGCUGAAACACCGGUAAACCAACGGUCGUCAAGAUCACAUGCUGUGUUUACUGUGUACUUGCAAGUGAGGAAGCAUGAUUCGGAAGUUCUUGUUAAUUCCAAACUACAUUUGGUGGAUCUAGCUGGCUCAGAACGUGUAUCAAAGACUGGAGUGGAUGGGCAACAGCUCACCGAAGCUAAAUCAAUCAACUUAUCCCUUCAUCAUUUAGAAACAGUCAUCAUUGCUCUACAGUCAGCCCCCAUGUCAAGCAGUCACUCUGCAAGUGAAAAGAGUAAGGGUGAAAACCCUGCAUUGGCUAGUAGAAGUAACACAUCGUUCACAUCAGGACCGUCAUGUGAUGGCAGUCGUCCUUUUAAGUUUGUACCCUACAGGAACUCUUUACUAACCAUGGUCUUAAAAGAUUCAUUAGGAGGCAACUGCUUAACAGCAAUGAUAGCCACUAUCUCCUUAGAGCCAGAAAAUCUAGGUGAAUCCAUCUCUACUUGUCGCUUUGCACAAAGAGUGGCACGCAUAGCAAAUAAUGCCAGAAGAAAUGAAGAAGUAGAUGAUAAAACACUUAUUAGGAGAUUGAAGCAGAAAGUUGCCUACUUAGAGAACCAAGUUGCACUUUUGAGAUCCAAGGGAAGAAAUGAGCAAGUGACUGAAGACAAUAUAUUGGAUGAGCUGACUGAAGAGGAUAGGAUGGUCUGUGCUAAGAUUAUGGAGGGAUUUUUGCAAGGGGUCAUUACUGAUCCAGUUGAUGCUGGCAUAUGUGAUCAGUGCCGUUUUCGUGAGUGCCUUCACCUACUUAAGCACCAGUGUCUACAAAAAGGCUCCGUAGCAAGGCCACCGAAAGCAAUACCACCAGAACCUCAGCAGGACCUUGAGACAACACCUGACCACAGUGAUAUCACACAGCCCAACAACCCACAUAGAGAUAGCGGUGACCAUGUCAUGAACACCACCUCACAAGGGACAUCCCCGAUAACUAAUACUGGUUUGUCGAUAGCGGAAUCUAAAUGCCCUCAAACCAGGAAAGGUUUAUCUGUAGACAAUGAAUCAUCAUCAGAAGUAACCCUCCAUUCAUCUCACGAUGUUUACAACAACUCUGCAUAUUUAGACCAAGCAGAAGGGGGGUUACCACCAGCUGAAGCAGUUAAAAAAACUAAGAAAACAAUUGAAGAGCUAAUGGAUUCCAUAAAAAAAGAAGACAAAUUGACAUCAUCAUAUAACAAAAAACAAGAGUUUGAGUCAAAAAAACUGAGCAGGAAACUCUCCAAGCUUGACCAGCCAGGACACCCUGAUGGCACAGAGCUAGUGAAAAAUGAAAACAUCCUUCAAGAGCUAAUUGCUACUGAAAAUAGUUUAAGCCUGAAGCUACAGGCAACAGAGGAACAGCUCCGAGACCGACACGCGUUCAUUGGACAACUCAAGCAUAUGCAAGCUGAUCCAGAUUUAAUUACCAAAGAACAAUUAGUAGAAAAACAUUUACUCCGAAGAAAGGCCAAAAUUCAAGACAAGCUGAACAGUAUCCUAAUGAACAAAUCCAGGUUUGAGCAGAACCUACCCCAGCAGUUUGAUUCCAGUCUGACCAGCAGCCACGUGUCGUCCAAGAUGUCACUGGAUGAGAUCAGUGGCCAGCACAAGCAAGGGAAAGGUGUCUUAAACACAAGAGAGGUCUUUGAUUUGCUUAGAGCAGAGGAGGAAAAACAGCAGAAAGAUUCAAAGAAGGCAGAAAAAUCUAAGCACCUUGCUAUGAAGGAAGCAGCAACUAUUGAAAAACUUCGAGAAUUGAAACAAAUUCUUAGAAUUUCCCAGCAACAAAAAGAUCCACAUUUUGAAGAUCAGUCAUAUGCUGAAAUGCCCUCUCAAUUCUACCCCCAGGAGUUUCAAAGUUUGGAAAACUUAAAGCCCCAGAGAUAUGAUUCCCAGCUUCACUACAACACAUGCCCCUACCAGAACAGCCUGACAGGGGAGGCUCAACCCCCCGCUGAUAGAAAUGGCUCGCAGUCAAGGGAAAUAGCCUAUCCCCAUGAAGUCCACUCAGCAGACGACCAAGUCAAGCGUCUGCAAGAGUACCUAGACCAAGUCCUCAAUGGUGCUUACAUUGACAAAUUUUAUGAGUCUCGUCAUGGUCAUGGGAGUAUGCGCAGCCCCAAAGCAGCACUUGAGCCAAGAGAGAAUUUUGGUGCCUGUAGCCCUCGGCUGCAUGCCGGUCUGGAUCCCCUGGCUAACAAUGUUGCGCUGUUAAAUGAAGGUAUCAUGCCCACAGAAGUGCGCUCCUUGCAUGAUCCCCGCCACAGCCACAAGUUUGCAUUAGAUGACAGACCCUGUGAGUCCAGUUCUCUAGUUACACCAGAAAAAAACAACAUAGAAAGUCUUUACAAAAACAGCAACAACAAUGCAAACAACAAGCCUAAGCAUUAUAUGGAUGGCAGCUCAACCGUACUUUUUUCUAGCCCACCUUCAAAGAUCUUAAAAUCUUCAGAACCAGCAGAUUUUCCUUUAACCCUUUCUGAUUUACAAGCAUCGGCCAAUCCUAGCCAAGAUACCAACAUGUUUCACAAUAAAAUAUUCAGUAAAAAGCAAGAAGAGAAUGAAACACUGAUCCAUGCAACAGAAAGUUUAGAAUAUGAUGAUAGUUAUUUUAAUGAUAUGAACUCUUUUACUGAACAGGAGCCCAUCAUUGAUUCUUUAGAGGAAACUGUUUCAGAGUUGGGGUUAAAAUUUGGAAGCUCUUCAAGACAUCUCAGGAAGGAAUUUGUUCUUACACCUAGUCAAUACAUUAAUUCAAUGGGCACCUCAGAAAAGUUUGAUGCUAGAAAAAUGGGCCUGACCUCAGGAACCUUUGAGUCAACCCUCUCCAACAUGCUGAAAGAAAGCUCCGAGCUUGAUGGUUCCAGGUUAAUAUUUGAAACAGAUCCGUAUGAGAAGUUUGCACGAGUAACUAAACUUACAGAAACAAAUGUACCAAGUUCUAAUAAACCCUCAUCACCAUCCCUGUCAGAAGACUCUGAGAAAAGAAACUCUGGGGAUGUUAAGAAAAAAAGAUUCCAAUCUAGUCCAGAUCACAAGGGAUACCCGAGUGUUACCACCCACUCUAUGAGACAGCUUCCCUCACAGAAUAAAGCCCUUCAUAUAGGUAAAAAAAAUAAAAAAGCAAAUGAAACUAGUGUGGACACAUUUGAAUCCAAGCUUGCCUUGUUCAAAAACUCAACUCAUGUUUAUGAUGAUGAUGAUGAUGAUGUCAAUGAAGACACAUUUUUUGGUCUUCAACCUGAAAAAACAAAACUAACUGCAAUGUCUACAGAAGAAGGGGAGAGAACCUUUAUGUCCACGGUUGCUGCCGAAAAAGCCAGGAUAGAAAAGAUCAGAAAAGCCAGGUGGGCUGCAGAGGUCAUUCAGCGUCAUUGGCGUAAAUUUAGAGUCAGGGAGUAGUCCAAGAAAUUAAAAAGCCAAAAAGUGAAAUUAUAAUAUAAGUAAAUAAAUUUUGUUCAAACAAAAAUGUAAUAUAUUUUAACUACAUUUUGAUAUGUUUUUUACGCAAUAUAUUUUGUUUCUUUUCAUCCCUGAUUCAUUCCAUUUCAACCAGAAAAUAUUAUAGUUCUAUUUUAACAGAAAUUGUUUUAUUUAUAGCCUAAGCACCAUAGAAUCAGAUUCUCAAUUAUAUUUUCCUUGAAUUGUUUAUCUAAGUGACUGUUUAGAGUUUUUGGAUUCUGUGCAGAUAUAAUAAAGCUUAACUUCUGAUCUAUGCAUUUAAAUACAGAACAUUUGUAUCCCUAUAGUUAGUUUUUUUCUAAAAUCAUGUCCCACUCGUUGAUUCUUGCAGUGUAUUCAUGUUUUAAAGUAACCCCAGCAUUCCCAGAAUAAAAGUCUUCUGAUGCCACCUCUGUGUUCCUCAUGUGUGUGAGUAGUAAAGACAAUGACUCACCCACACAAUGGCCCUGGCCACCUUUUGAUUCCCCAUCAUUUUAAGUCCUCAGUACAUUCCUUGUCAGGCAACCACAUCUUCUGUCUUUAAAGUUGUAUUUCUCAGUUUGUACAGAUUUGUCUAAUGCACUAAACAUUUAGUCCUCUACAUUUAACAUUUAGUCCUAUUCAUUAAACAUUUUGAAUGCUAGAACACAGAUUUUGUCCACUGCACAAAAUAGCUUAUCUCUAAUAAACAAGUUUUUUUGGAUAGUUAAAUAUUAAUCUGUGCCUUUUCAUGUAGGUCUAUACAGCGAACAUGUUUAGUGCAAGAAAGUGUGUUGUAAAACUAGAAAGUAUGAUGUCAUUAAAGUAGCAUGUAAAAUGUUGUGCCAUCAUUAGACAGUUCUUGUUGAUUCUCAUCUCAUUACUUGUGUACAUUCAAUCAAAAUGAAACAAAAUAUAUUGUCCAUUUAAAACAUUUUUAUUUUCAUCAAUUGAAUGAUUAUAAAAGUUCAAUAAAUGCAACAUAUCAACUUGUUCAUCAAGAAACAAACUCUUGUGUUGGAACUCAUUCAUUUACGACUAGAGCAUUUAGUACAUAAAACAACAAAUUUAACAUCACA